CGAUGCUCUUAAGGUAGCGUUCCGUCGUUGCGUCGAUCUGCGGGAUGGGCAAGCGGGGCAGUCCACCUUGGCGGGAGAACGUCUUGGGCUGCGAAGUGCCUGGAGCACCACGAUAGGGCGUAAGGGCGAACAUGCUGCGUGGGGUGCUGCUGAGCGAGCGAGAGAGGGCGGGAGAGCUUGCUGUGCUGCGAGGAACAAAGGGGCUAAGGCGUCGUGACGUUGCUGUUGUGGUGGUGCUGAGAAGCAUGCUCCCUGCUUCUUGAAAGAGGACGAAAGCAAGUGUAGAAUAGACGAGAAGAAGGCAACUGCGACCGGCUAGCUGCGAGGGUAUCGAUGGAGUCGUCGACGUUUGGGUGUUGCUUGCUUGGACCUCGACGUCGCCCGGUCAAACGGGCGAUCCGGGUCCUUUGUGAAAGUACCUCGAGGCAGGGCGAGCGAGAGCCGGCAAAACGUGGCAGUCCAGGCGAGGGUCAGAUGAAAUGUGGGGACUCCGCCUCGCUCGCAGCCUAUCGACUGACCCCCGAAGCUCUCCAGUCGAAGAAGCUGCGAGGCAGCGAGGUGCUGAGCUCGAUCUCCAUUCUGCGCAUCGAUCAUCUCCCUUCUCUCUCUCUCGUACGACAAGAGAAGGGCAAUUGUGGCGCCAAAGCAAGCUGAGCUGCUACCACCACAGGCCCGCAAAAGUUGCCGCCGACGUCAUCUCGACGCCCCCCUGCCACGCCCACGAGGCGGCUUCCGCCCUGGAGUGGCUCCCUCUGAGUCGAGGAAAGCCGCGCAAGCUAGCUGCGACAGACGACGACAAGAGAUCGACACCGACACAGACACAGACACAGCGACAUCGAGCGUCGCUGCUUGCUGCACGCAGGCAAAAGGCCGCGGACUCGCGACGAGAAUCAGUACCUCUUUGUUACUGCCACCACACCGAUCACGAUCAGGUUUCCACGACUACCAACGGCACGACCUCCAUUCUAUUGCGCUCAACCAUUUACACCGGCGGUAUCCAGUCGCAGCGCUGCACACUUCUCCCUGCCUCGCCUCGAUACUCAGUCUAUCCGGCUAGCCUUGAGCUCGGUGGGUAUCCCGCGACCUUUCUGCCGUUUGCUGUCCCGAGCCUCAUCUCGUCACUGCGGUGGCCGAGUCAGGGCCAGAUGAGACUGGACGGCAUGGCGUCAUAGACUGGAGGUUCUCCCAUUUCGGCCCCAGCGGGAAGCUGACUGCUUCUUAUCGUCCUCUUUGGCUACUAGAACCCUCGCCUUCCAGGACCCUUUCCCCCAUCUCCACCUAAACACAAUGUCUGCCAAAGAGGUGC